ACAGUGGCCUGCUUGUAGAGAGCAUAAACGUCCAGCAUCUCAGCGUCAGUGGGCAAGUCAAGUACGUUAACCACUGAGACAUGUUGUCCACAAAUAUUUCCAAAGCAACAUGAAUCUAAUGAAUCUAAAUCGCAAGUUUUCUAUCUAUCCAUAGUUUGGGGGGAAAUGUCCCGACAUGAUUCCUACACACACUACUCAUAAUGGGAUGAGUGCUGUACGCAGCCAUCACGUUUGCUCGAACACGUGAAGGGGUUAUGCACAUUGAUACGAUGGUCGCGCAGCUGCUUUAAGGCUUUACCGCGAUUCAGUAUUUUUGUAGGAAUUAAUAUAUAAUCUCAUCACUUUCCCCCAAUCGCAUGAUUAUUAGGAGCUGAAGUUCGUUACUAGCCGCUAAUGAUCAAAUAUUAAAUCCACAGCUGCUGAAGCAAGUAGUUGUAUAGGUUAGCGUUAGCCGACUGGCUAACGGCUCCAAGCGAACAUGUCCUCUGAAGCUAUUCUUACUGUACGCUUGGUUCGUUCUUUUGAACAUCGGAACUUCAAGCCAGUGGUACUCCGUGGUGUAAAUUUAAACCAGCAAGUAGAAGAAUUUAUCGCUUCUGUAAAGAAUGAUGUUUCCACGAGAGCUGAUUUGCCUCCGCCUUUCAAGAAAUUCGGCUACGACACGAUGAAGAUCAUUCACCAGGCACACGGAGCAAAGACUAAUGAACUAGUGAUGAGUUUAGAGGAUGAUGAAAAGCUGAUUCUGCGCGAUGGCCUGGAUUUACGAGCGUGCGGCGUAGCCAAUGAGACAGAGCUGGCAUUCUUCAGGAUGGCGGACUAUGCAAAAUACAAGGCUAAUCCCGAGACUUUGUGGUGAGAACGAUGGAAAUUAUAUGUUUGAGGGUGGAUCCUGAGGUGUUUUCAUUUAGACCGAAUGGUUUGAAGUCUAGGAGGGCUUUGGUGUCAACCUUCCAGCUAGCAAAUCUUCAGAGGCAGCCAGACCAAAUGAUCUUUUAUUUUUGUUUGUUUGUUUGUUUGUUUGUUUUUGUUUUUUUAGUCUGUUUAUAAAUUCACUCUCUCAGCAGACUCUUAAUUUAGACAUUCGAUUAUGGGUACAAUAAGUAUUGUUGAGGUUAAACACAUUAAGUGUCUUAAGUUCUAAUUUUACUGCCUCCACACUUUUUCUUUUAAUGUCCUAUAUGAAAUGCCUUUUGCUGAGAGAGUAUUUAUUUAUUAAAUACAGUUCAUAUUUAAAUCUGCCCUUCAGUAAUGGUAUAAUGUGGAUUGUAUCUUAAUGUUUUUAUGUUUCUUUUACUUUACGUAUGUUUGUGAACAAACUCCAUGUUUGAAUUGCAAUGUAUAUAUUUUUAAUACUUCCAAAUGGCAAAUAAAGCUAAACCUUAAACUCCUC